AUGAGUUUGCAAAAUUUAAAAGACCGAUUCAUUCAAUAUGCCUCCACAAGAAAAGGAUUGGCGGUUGUAUCAUGGUCAAUUGGAGGAUUACUUAUUGUAAUACUCGCAGCGUCUAUUGCUCAUAUAAAUGUCACCAGUCAAAUGGCAGUAAUGGUAGCAUCAACAUUCAUCAGAAAGGCAUCAAACGCUAAUGGCUAUAUUAUGGAAUAUCAUUUAUUGGGGAUAGCUGAUUCAUGGAACAAUACUAAGUAAAUUUUUCUCUAAAUACUGGUAAAGUGGUCAUUUUUCAGUCUGUGGCCGUAUUAAGCAUUCAUUUAAACGGGGGGCUGCGUGUUCUCAAUUUUGAUAUUCUCAAUAUACUAUAAAUUUGGAUUCCAAGGGUUAAAUGGAGUGAAAGCAGUAGCAAUGAUAAUGCUUAAUAUUUAUGGAAUGCUCUAAAUGGUGGUUUUGCUAGCGUAUGGAUUAUUUAAUCUACCUGUAUUUUUAUGGAAAAGAGCAGAUAACUAGAAUAAACUCUACUCAGAAUUAGAGUGUGCUGAUCAAGUUAGAUAGUAAUAUAGAUAAGCGAUGGCUGAUUUUCAAAUGUUUGUUAUUGAAUGCAGGAAUCUUAUUAGAAAUCAUAGAAAUGGAUAUAACUCAAUAUUUAUGGACAUUUUAGAGGAAGAGCUACCUGAAAAAGACCUUGAAGGUCAAAGUAUAAUGCAAUCAAAUAAUUUUAUGAUGGCAAUGAAAGAUGGUUAAGCAGUGACUGAGGACUUUUUAGCUAACAUAAGGUAUUAACUAAAGGUUCAAUUUUUCCUAUAUAAACGUAAAAAAGCGAGAUGGGUAUCUUUAUUUGAGACGGUUGAUGAACUUGUUUAAAAACCAAUAAAUUAUGAGCUUAUAAAAGAAAAAAUAGAUAAGAAAAAUGUUAUUGAAAAGGAAUAGAAUGUUUCAUUAGAAGAAAUGAUUCUAAAGCCUUUACCAAAUAAUAAAAGAAAAAUUUUGAUAUUCAGAUCUCUAGCUAUUAUUAGUUUACUCUAUUGCAUCAUUGUAUUAUCAACGGAAGGACUUGUAGUAUUUGAACCUAGCUACACUCUUUUAUAUUAAACUGUUUCUUGUUUUAACUAUAUGAUUAUUAUUGGUGAAAUGGCGAUUGGUAAAGAUGUUGAUCCAUUUGGUACGAGUUACUGUGAUUUUUAUUCAUCUAUGAUUAGAGUCCCACUUUUUGGACAAUAUUUCAACAAUAUAAUGUCUCUUUUCAUUUUGCUAAUUGGAGGAGUAUUUGCACUCUUGUCAUUUUUUAAAUACCAAAACAAAGCAUUAAGUGCUUUUAAGAAUUAUAGUAAAAAAGUUGAGGAGUAAGUUGAAAAACUAUAGAAAAAAAAAGAUAAAGAUGAAAAAUCUGGUAAUACUUAGAAGAAAAAAGAUGAUGAAAUUAAACCUAUUGGUAAAUCAGAACUAGAAAUAAUAGAGAGAAUUUUAAAGGGAGAAAAAGCUAUUUUAGCUGAAUACGAAAUUACAAGGAGGAAAGAUGAAAGAAAUAAGCUAACUAGAAUUAAUCAUGGAGAUGAUAUUGAGAUGUAAAAAGCUAAUGAAGGUAAAGCAACAAAGAAAAAACCAUCAAAUAAUGAACUUAAUAAAUCAAACCUCAAAAAUGCUGGUGAUACUAGCUCAUUAAGUGUAAAUGCAAUAGAUAAAGGCAAAAAGAAAUCGUCAAAUCUUAGUGUCAACAAAGAUGAUAAAAAGCAACCUCUACUUCAAAAAAAGAAAACUCAAAAUAUAAAAAGUUCCUCAGAGUCAGAAUCAAGCAUUUCAAAUAACAGUAAUCCUCAACAAGCUAAAAGAUAAAUAGGAAAACUGAAUCCAAAUGCUAUAAGCAAAUUCUAGCCAAUAUCUGCUCAAAAUAAAAUCCACUAUGGAAUGCUUAGAAAAGCAAAAAUAGAAGAAGAAAAUGAAGCUAAACCUGCAAAGUAAAUUGAAAGUGAUGAUGAGAUUAAAGAAGAAACUAAAAAGCCAAAUUAGAAAAAGCAAGGCACUAAUAAUAUAAGCUAAAAUGCUAAAAGUAAAAAUAACGAAAAGAAACCCCGAAAGAAAAUAACUAUCAGCAGUGAUAGUGAUGAAUCUGAUAAGAAAGAGUCAGAUGAUUCUGAUGAUGAAGAUGAGACUUAGCAGUUAAGCUAGCCUAAGAAUUUACUAAAAAAGAAUAAUUAAGCCUUGGGAAAGAAAAAUAAUGAUGUAGGUGAUUUCAGAUCAAAGUUAGCUUUGAAGAGAAAUUAGUAAAAUAGCAAUAAAUAGCAAUCUGAUAAAGCACUCAAAUCUAAAGGUAAAAAUAAAAAGACAAAUAAAAAUGAUUCAGAAAAAGAAGGGUAUUUACUCAAGAGAAAAGGCAAAAGGAUAAGAAAAAUUUGGGUAAAGAGAUAUGCUGCUUUGGAGGGAUCAAAUCUCAAUUUUUAUGAUAAUGAGGAUAAGGAAAAUUUGAUAAAGACUAUUGAUGUUACAUAAAUAAAAGCAGUGACAUUUCAUUAUGAUGCUGAGGCUCCAGUAUAGAGUAAAAAUAUUACCAAAAAGGACAAGGAGGAAAGCAGAUUUGAUUUAUAUUCAAUUAUUAAGAAUAAAAAGUACAAGUUUAAAACUGAAGAUGAUAAUGUAUGGGAUAGUCAAGGUUGGGUUGAUGCGUUGAAAAAAAUAGUUGAUGAAAAUUUUGAUGAUAGUGAUGACUCAGACAGUUCGUGA